GAAUGUUUUUCUAAGUAAUCGUGUGUGUGUCAGAGAGUAAUGUACAAAAUUUUCUUGGUUAUCGUCUUUAUUGAGACAUUUGGAAUAGUGAUACGGGGGUAUGAUCUUAUAUUUUAAUUUCUAAAAUAUAUGAACUUUGUUCAAGUAGGCUAUGUUCAAUAUUAUAUUCUAUUUUAUUCAGUCAUGUAUUAUCGCUCAUUAUGAACAGUCGGCAACAAUAUACACCUGUGUAUUCUGUUAUAUAGAGCAAAAUAUUACGAUGUUAUGCAUGGAGCCUACAAAAACUGUUAUCCUUGUGAUGAAUGGAAAUAUAGAGAUGACAAAUGCACAGGACCUUUAUACGCCUGCACAGAAGAAUAUGUUUGCGAUGAAGUUCUAAUGGAGAAUAGUAAAAAAGAAUUAGCUUUUCAAAGGCUAAAGAUGUUUGAAACUGCGACUAUACUGUGCUCAAAUGGAAAACGCUUACAGGCAAACUGCGUUCCACAAUCUGAGCACGAUCUAAUUCAACAUUACAACUUGACGAAGGACUGCAAAACUAUAUCUCGAAGAAUUUCGGAUGAGCAAACUAAGAAAAAUGAAUACAAUGGCACUAUUUGUUCCGUAGAUUGCAAAGUGGACGAUAAUUUCAUUGAUAAUCAGCUUUGGUUUUACGUCAUUGCCGUUGGAUUUUUUGGAGGGAUAAUUUUAAGCACUGUCGUUGUCAUUGCUUAUUGGAUGUGCCAGAAAUUUAAAUAUAACACUGGUGAAGGGUCAGUUUUACGCGCUUCAAUAAAUGGUACAAACGAUACAUAUCAAAAUGGAGAUGCAAAUUAUGAAAUUUCCAGCCAGUCCUUACUAGCCUCUGAGAGAGUGGACUCUAGCAACUUUCGAAGACAAAUGUCAUCAGAUAGUGAAUCUCGAGAAAAUAGGCAGAAUUCCGUGCAAACCACUUGUACUGGUCCAGGUCAUUCAGCUUGCGAUAACCCAUCUGACAUCUGGCAUGCCUUCCCUGUAAAUAGAUCAAGAGAAGAUUAG